AUGUCUCGUCCCCAGGUCAGCAUUGAUCGCAUCACGCCGCGCCGGAUCGCGGCUGAGCCGCGCGAGUCGAUGAAUUGCAAGUCUUGUCGGAAGAGGAAGAUCAAGUGCAAUCGCAUGCGUCCGAGCUGUGAGGCGUGCAAGGUUUUUCAAUGUCCGUGUGUAUACGAUGCCGUUCCCAAAAAGAGAGGACCCAAAACAGAUGUCCUCGAAGCACUGCUGAAACGCGUGGAUGGCUUGGAAAGGCGCCUGCAAGAGGAAAAGUCUCCAGACACCGACAUUGCGGUGCCUACCACCACAACCACCACCAGCAGUAAGCAAGAAGUCUCCGCAGAUGUGGAUGGUCGACGAAAUACGGCCACUUCGUUUCAAAGCUCUGUUCCUUCUGUCAACAAUAAUGGGGAAGAUAUCUCGCCACUGUCGUUCCAAGAUCGUCGAGGCUCGCUUGAGUUUUUGCCGUCAUAUAAUAACAAUAACACCACCAAUAAUGGCUUCGAAAAUACGCCAAGCGGGUUUCGUCAGCAGCAGCAAAAUAGCGUUCUUCCGGAUGCUAUUCUGGACACUUUUUUUUCCAGGAUCCAUGGAAGGCCGUUUUAUAUCCUAGAAGAGUCAUAUACCCGUCAAAAGCAUCAGCUGGGACAGUUGCCGUCUCAUUUGAUCUUGGCAAUAUACGCACUCACGGUCAGAUAUACUAGUCCUCCUGGAAGUCACGAAAGCAUGUUACGGUCCGGCCUCGAGUACGCAUUGCAAGCACGGCGGGAGAUCGAUGCAGACAAUCCAACCAUUGAAAAUCUCCAGACUCUGCUGCUACUUUCCAUGGUUUUCUUCGCAUAUGGACUAGGCAAGAAAACUUAUAUGACGUUGUCGAGCUGCUCGGCGAUGAUUCUCGCUCUCGAUAUGUGCCGCGAGCCUUCACCAAAAUUAAACCUAUCUCAAACAGAAAGAGAAACGAGACGACGGAUUUUCUGGUCUUGCUACAUCAUGGAUCGCUUUGCAACAUGCGGCUCAAAGCGGCCGUGUCUAAUCUCCGAUUAUUCAGUUUUAUUACGCUUGCCAUCUGGAUCUUCAGCGCCGACCAAUGGCUUGUACGUUGAAGGGGAAAUAUUCAACAAUUCCGGUCCUAAUAUUACAUUCAUUUCCGACUCACGCAAAAAGGGCCAGGGGGCUGCCGCCCUGCUUAUUGACAUCACCCGUAUUCUGGGUAUUACUAGCCGGUACCUCGCAGCGGGCGGCGUCAAGGGCGAUUCUCAUUUUCCCUGGCAUUCGCUGUCGAAUCUCUCUAAAAUCCGCCAAGAGCUGGACAUUUGGGCGGCUGGAAUGCAGGAGAUAUUCGUUUCCAUAGAGUCUCUAUUCAGCCAUCCGGACAGCACGAUCUUGCUCUUGAGCAAGCUUAUAUACCAUCUUAUUCACUGUCUAAUGUAUCGCCCCUUUUUGCCCAUUGAUCUAGUUGAGCUCCGGGGUUCGGGCCAACACCAGUCGUGGCAGAUUGAGGCUACCAACUUGUGUUUUUCGCAUUCAAACGCAAUCGCCGAGCUUGUCGAGUUUGGCCGCAACUCGCCAUUGAUUGAAUGGCCUUCUUUUAUCAGCUAUUGCGUAUGCACUGCAGGAACAGUUCAUGUCCAUGGUGUGCAUUACAAGGGACUAGAAGGCGAGGUAUUUUCGUCUAGUGCCGAUUUUCUUACCAAGGAAAUGCAGCAACUCGCCUGGCUGCGACAUUGCUGGACUGGGGUUCAACAUCAGCGAGAAAUGCUACAGUCUAUUUACACCUGUCACGCCGAGCUGGUACGGAACGUGGCCAACAGCGCAGUGCGCUUUUCGCCAGUCUUUCAUUUGGAAGAUUUCUUUGAUCGGUAUUUCGGUUUGACUGUUGAUGGAUCUCACGUCAGGCUUGUUGAUGAAGUGCCUGAUGUUGGUACCGAUAGUACAUCUAUGCGAAAUUCCCUGGAUGGUCAUUCUCUUUAUACUGGCACGCAAGCCACGGGUGCAGGCAUGUCUACAUUUCGUCUUCAACCCCAGCAGCAUCACCAUCGACCGCUAGACGCCUCGGAGUUCACUUCAUCCCAGCUCCUAAAUACAAACCCCGAAGCAUCAUUAUCCAACACAAAGGGACAGGAAACACCAAACAUGGGUUUUGCCAAUCUACAGAACCCUCAAUAUCCUACAAUGCUCUUCUCGCAAACGGGUAAUUCUCCGCUAUCAUCGUCGUUCCCAUCUUUUAUGCAGCGAAGCCCACAGUUGCCGUCGAAUGUGUUUUCGCCGACACUCGGCUUAUCCCCCUCGGGUUUCCUUGCAGAAUCACUCGCCGGUGCAACGGCACCUACGCCCACGCCUCAAUAUGCUACAUUCCCCUUUGAUACAUCCCUUCCUCAACAAACUCAACACGGCAUCUCCCAUAUGGGAAACAUGCCCGUCCAGACACCCGGCGGCCACUCGCAAACUAGCCGCGGCUCCCAAGCGACAAUCAGCGAGGGCGGCGGGCCCGGUGGUUCUGCGUCUGAAAACGACCCGUUUCUGAGUCUGCUAGAGCAGUUGGCCGAGAAUGAGAACUCGCAGGGCGGGCCAAGCGAGCUUGAUUACUUUCUCAGCGGGCCUAUUGAUGUUUCGGCAGAUGCAGCGGUGGCAGCAACGGAAGAUGAUCCUGGCCACGAGGUGUUUGCGAGGCUGGAGCAGGAUGAGAGUAAAGUCGGCGUAGAGCUGGAUGGCAAGGGCCCUUCUUCGUCUACCUUGGAUGAGGCUUCGUGA